AUUUGAUUGUCACUCGAGCACUACAGUACUUAGGCGAAGCCAGGCUCCAAGAGUGAUUACGCGUUCACUGGGAUUACGAAACUGUGCGCCUCAGGAGGGUUUGGAAGCGGGAACCUCAGAGGAAUCUCUAUCCCCGUGAAGUCCUCACUGGACAGAGUGGAAAAGAAAACCUUACUGACUUUCAAAUAUAGUGCCACCUUACUAACAUGGCCGUGGGAUACUGAUAAAUGCACCCUAGAAGCAACGCAGGGGAACUUCCUCGAACGCUCCGUGGCGGCGGGAACUCACAUCGAAGACGAAUGGCGCGUCUCGGAAAGGCGGGGGCGGGCGAGCUUCAGAAGGGUCGAAAAGGCGAUCCGGGAGGGCUGCGGGAGAUUUCAGAAGGCGGUCGCUGUCGCGUGCAUCGAGACAGCCCGCGCCGCGGAGCGUGUGCGAUGCGUGGCGUCCACGUUCUUGUCGUCCGCGGGCUUGAAGCGCGCCCGCCGCCGUCGUUCCGCCGCGGCAUCUCCGCCGUUCCCCGUGUUUUCCCCGCAGUCGCCGCUCCCCCUGCCUCCCCCGGCGCGUACUGCGCAAACCACCACCCUCCGCCUCCCGCAGCGGCAUCAUCGUCGGAGCGCAUAUGGCGCACGAGGCUGCGAGGCCUUCCGAAUCCUUUCCCCGCAGCCCGCUCUGAAACAAAACCAUUUCGCUGGCGUUUCUCUUUCCGCCAGGGAAGCGCCAGCCGCGGCAAGAGAGGCCAGAAGGCGCCAUGGCUGCGAACUCCGCCCUUCUCGUCCGGCACUUCGUCCGGCGCCCCCGCCGCCUGCUGCGCCGCCUCCUCUUCCGCCGCUGCCUCUUCCGCCGCUGCCUCUUCCGCCGCCUGCUCCUCUACCCCCGUUGCCCCAUUGGAUGACUCUUCCUCUGUCGCUUCCUCCGCUUCCUCCGCCGCCUCCGCCUCCCCGCCGCCUCCUCCGCUAACUCCGCCGGCGCUAACCAGCCCGCGUCUUCCACGUCACCCACCGUCUCCACGUGCUCCUCAUUGGCUAAAAACGCCUCCUCGCCUUCCCCCUAUGCUCCGCCAUCUUUAUAUCCCGCCAAUAGUACUAGCGCUGACUUGCGCGCCGACCGCGCACCCGCCGCCGCUUCCUCCUUUAGCAGUCCCCCACACGCUCCGCGUGCUUCCGUAGAGGCCGCUUCUCUCGGCCAAUCUCACGCCGACGCUCACGCCGCUUCUUUUGCCGAUUGUCACGCCGUUAAUCACGCCGAGGCUCACGCAACGCGCUCCUCGUCGUGGAAGCGCGCCAUGUCGAUAGCGAUCCCCGCAUGCGACGGCGGCGACGAGGCGCAGGG